AUGAUGACGCGCGGUACGGGCAACAGAACCGCCUCAGAAGCAUUUUCGGCAAAUAACGGAGUGAAACAGGGCUGCGUCCUCGCCCACACUUUCUUUGGCCUCAUGUCUUCUGCCAUGGUGAUAGAUGCCUAUCUAGAUGGGCGCCCCGAGAACCGCCUCGCAUGCGGGACCGAUAUCCAACUUCUCCAUGGCUUGCGCAUGCAGGCCUCAACGCGCCUCUCUACGACUUCUAUCCAUGACCUGCUUUUCACCGACGACUACGCACUCAACACCGUUGCAGACGCUGACAUGCAACGGAGCAUGAACCUCUUCACCUCCAGCUGCGUGAAUUUCGGACAAAACGACUUCAUGCACCAACUGCACCCAAUGCUCCAUACAGGGCUUCUCGCAUCCACGUCAACGGCACCCAACUGA